GUGUUCAUUGAGGGAAACCUUAUUUUUUAGCUGUGCUAUGGAGUAGAAGCAGGAGGUUUUCAACCUAGUGACAGUCACAGAGCAGCACCUACCCCCUCCUCCUUUCCACACCUGCAAACUCUUUUGCUUGGGCUGAAUAUUUAGUGUAAUUACAUCUCAGCUUUGAGGGCUCCUGUGGCAAAUCCCCGGAUUAAAAGGUUCCUUGGCUGUGAAAAUACGUGAGAUAAAUCAUGAAGGCAACCAUCAUCUUCCUCCUGCUAGCACAAGUUUCCUGGGCUGGGCCGUUCCAACAGAGAGGCUUAUUUGACUUUAUGCUAGAAGAUGAGGCUUCUGGGAUAGGCCCGGAAGAGCAUGCUCCUGUGGAUUCUGACCUCGAGCCUCUGGGCCCUGUGUGUCCCUUCCGCUGUCAGUGUCACCUGCGAGUUGUCCAGUGUUCUGAUCUGGGUCUGGAAAAAGUGCCAAAAGAUCUUCCCCCUGACACUACGCUGCUGGACUUGCAAAACAACAAAAUAACCGAAAUCAAAGAUGGGGACUUCAAGAACCUGAAGAACCUUCAUACGUUGAUUCUUGUCAACAACAAAAUUAACAAAAUCAGUCCUGGAGCAUUCACACCUUUGUUGAAACUGGAACGACUUUAUCUGUCCAAGAAUCUUCUGAAGGAAUUGCCAGAAAAAAUGCCCAAAACUCUUCAGGAGCUGCGUGCCCAUGAGAAUGAGAUCACCAAAGUGCGGAAAGCUGUGUUCAAUGGACUGAACCAGAUGAUCGUCGUAGAACUGGGCACCAACCCACUGAAGAGCUCGGGAAUCGAAAAUGGAGCCUUCCAGGGAAUGAAGAAGCUCUCCUACAUCCGCAUUGCUGACACCAACAUAACCACCAUUCCUCAAGGUCUUCCUCCUUCCCUUACUGAAUUACAUCUUGAAGGCAACAAAAUCACCAAAGUUGAUUCAUCUAGCCUAAAAGGACUGAAUAAUUUGGCUAAGUUGGGACUGAGUUUUAACAGCAUCUCUGCUGUUGACAAUGGCACUCUAGCCAACACUCCUCAUCUGAGGGAGCUUCACUUGGACAACAAUAAGCUUAUCAAAGUACCUGGUGGACUGGCGGAGCAUAAGUACAUCCAGAGACAGCCAGCGAGAGAGGGGACACAAGGAAUGAGCGGGGCAGUCCUUGCUCCCCACGUCCACCUGCACUUCGUUAGAGAGCAGAAUGCUCACAUGCCACCCCGCAAGAUCCCCACGAUGACAUAA